AUGCCUCCCUCGUCUCGUCAAUCUCGCAGUGGCGGCUCCCAAGCAGGUCCAAAGUGCGCCACGAGAGCAUGUGACCAGUGCAGACUGCGCAAAACAAGGUGCAGCCUGUCUCGGCCGUGCGAACUGUGUGUUUCGCUUGGGUUCGAGUGUACAUUUCUCGAUCCCCAGAAAAAAAGAGGUCCUCCUGCUCGAGUUAAGCAAAUAAGGGAACACCAGGAGCAGUUGCGAGCUCUGCAAGCAAUUGGCGGCAGUUCAGAGGUUGUCCCUCAAGGGUCUCAUAUGCCAUCUGGGCCGAGCAAUGCAGAUCAUAGCGAGGAUCCAGCCAGGCAUGGAUAUGCCAGUCUCACGGUGGGCAGUGACACCACUCCAGGAUCCGCCUGGAGCGGGCCUGAGAUGGAGUAUUGGCUGCCAGACAGCUUCAACUCCCAGACUUUCCCUUUGUUCGGCUUCCACGGAAGCAAUAUUCUUGUCAGGGAGACGCUCCCGCCAGUGAUCAAUGAUAACAUCAGCCUCGAAGUCAGCAAUCAAACUCCUUUGCUCCCCAGCGACAUGGACCCUAGCAUGCAGCGCGAUAACCCGCUCGGCAUGACACCCGAGUUCUGGCCUCCCUAUAUCCACGAAGCGAGCUUUAUUCCUUGGAUAGAUGUUUACUUCGAUCGUCUCCAUCCAACUCUCCCAGUUCUAAAUCGAUCCUUACUCUUUACUCAAAUCAUUCAGCAAGAACAUCGCCGCAACCCCCAGUUUGGUGCUAUGAUUCUGUCUCUUUGUGCCUUCUCCUUGACACAACCGAUAGAUAUCAGUGAACGACCGACCUCUUCAUCACGGUCUGAUCAGGCAAAGAUCCUGGUCCACGAAGCAACAAGAAUGCGCACAUCUUCUGAUUUUGGCGAGCACCCAUCAAUAGAAGCUGUUUUAACUAGUUUCUUCUUGUUCGGGUACCUUUUCGGGAGUAACCAGCACAAUGCAGCAAGACUCCGGCUGCGAGAGGCAAUCGAUCUAGCCUCGACACUGGGCCUGAAUAAUCCAGCCACUUACGCGGAUUGCUCAGCAGAGGAAAAAGGGCAGUGGCUACGGACAUAUUUAGUUCUAUCUGUGACAGAAAGAGCCUAUGCCCUUCAACGUCAACACCCGAUAACCUUUACUGGACGCCCAUCGGAUGUCAUCCGGGCGGCCGACGAGAUCCGGAAUGCAACUCAGCGCGUUGUAUCAGGGAUAAUCGUGCACACGGAAAAAGACGCUACGGCAAUGAUGGGUCUGUCGCUGCUCAUGGAGAUAUUCGACGCCAUUGACGAAGAUAUCCUCAUUUGCUGGAAUGCACGGUGCAAUGCAUCGUCCGGCAACGGGAGGUGCCAGAUCCUCACCGAGGAUAGAGCGAUGAGUAUAUACCGGAACUUGGCCACAGUGAGCGACGUGGCUCGGUACAAUGAUCGCGGCCAUGGCCAUGACCAUUUUGAUUUCUCAGACCCGGAUCAGGAGCCGGAUGAGAGUGCGAGCAGUGGACAGAAUGGAUCAAGGGAGCUCAUUGAGUCAAGAGCUCUGCGCGAUUUUUUGUCUGAAACGCAAUGCGCCGAUAUUCUGGUCACGCAAAAAUGGGUGCAGGACCGGUUAUGGAAUCUAUGUUUCAGUCAUGGGCUCUUACAACUAGAUCCUGGCCCAGACUGUCGGCAGCUGGGCUUCGGGUAUGCCAUUGAGAAUGCGCAGAGGGCAUUGAGACUGUGCCGGUUGCUGAAGAUCAGUGCGCUCGAGGCGCAUGGAAUUGGAAUUUGCUGUCAUGACAGCGCAUAA